AUGCUUCCACAGCUAUAUGGGUUCUUCAACGCCCUCAUCACACAUAUGGGCAGCGGCAACAAGACUGAAAUAAUGGAGGCACUCUCACCACGAGCCUCUCCGUCGUCAGACGAGGACGGUGAGGGUGGUGAGAUGAGCAUUAAGAGGCUGUUAGAAGAGGCGUGGACAGAGGAGAUCACGGUAGAGGGAAGUUACAAGGGCGUCCACCUGACCCCGCCUCUCACCUCUGACUCUAUACACCAGUUGGUCGACGCCUUCAAGAAGAAAAAGGCGCUACAUGCCCGCUACGUGUAUGUGCUACUGCGGGAGGCGGUGCGGGUGCUGCGUCAGCGCCCUACGGUCAUGCACGCCUCUACAGCGAUCUCCGGUCAGAUGACGGUGGUGGGUGACAUCCACGGCAAGCUUAAUGACCUUCUUACCAUCCUCUACAAGAACGGGCUGCCGUCUACUGACAACCCGUAUGUGUUCAACGGUGACUUCGUGGACCGUGGCCGCAAGUCCAUGGAGGUUAUUCUUCUGCUGCUGGCACUGGUCGUUGUCUUCCCCGCCGAAGUCUUCCUCAACAGAGGCAACCAUGAGGACCUGGUCAUGAACGCUAGGAACUCUGAGAACAGCUAUUGGUAUCGCAGUACAUAUAUGUGCGACUACAAAGGUGUACCGUUCGUGGGAA